UUGAGCAAAAAGCAGAAAAAAAAAUAAGCCGCCAGCUCUCACAAGUGGGUGUUUGGAUAGGCUUUUUUGUUUAAAACAAAUAUUGAUUAGUGAUUACUAUCAAAGAAGAUCGCAUUAAUCUCUAUAAUUAGUUAAAUUGCACACUGAUAUUUGAUUGAUAUAUACCAAUCACAUUCGGCUCUAGAGCGAGAGAAAAAAGAAAAAAAAUGGAGCUUCAUAAUCCGAUGGCUCUGUUUGUGCUGCUAAUGCUAUGGUUUUUCUUGGUUCAUGCAGCUUCAGCCCAGAAAAGAUCCACAUACAUUGUGCACAUGGAUAAACCCUCCAUGCCCAAGGCAUUCUCUACUCACCAUUUCUGGUAUUCUUCCAUUCUCAAGUCUGUUAGCAUCAACUCCGAUCCAAAGCUUCUCUACGUUUACGACAACGCUUUCCAUGGAUUCAGCGUGUCCUUGUCCAAAGAUGAAGUGGAAUCACUAAAGAAGUCCCCAGGAUUCGUGUCGGCUUACGCCGACGCUGUCGUGACGCCGGACACUACCCACACUCCCGACUUCCUCUCCCUCAACACAGCUUCUGGGCUAUGGCCGGCGUCUGAGUACGGCAAGGAUGUUAUCAUCGGAAUGAUCGACACCGGAAUCUGGCCGGAGAGCCCAAGCUUCAAGGACCACGGUAUGACUGCGGUCCCCGCGAGGUGGAAGGGAAGUUGCCGCGGCGGUGAAGAAUUCAAUUCAUCGCUAUGCAACAAGAAAAUCAUCGGAGCCAGAUACUUUAAUGAAGGCCAGAGAGCAGGGGACUCCACUACUCCAGUGCCCAACACUGCAAGGGACGACGAUGGUCACGGCAGCCACGUCUCCUCCAUUGCCGCCGGAAACUUCGUGGACGGCGUUUCCUUCUUCGGCUACGCCCCUGGGACUGCGAGAGGGGUGGCCCCGCGCGCUAGGCUGGCCGUCUACAAGGCCCUCUGGGGCGGCGGCGGCGUCUCGUCUGAUAUACUAGCGGCGAUAGAUCAGGCUGUGGCUGAUGGGGUCGAUAUACUCUCGAUUUCUGUGGGUGUUCAACAAAUUAAUCUGUAUGAGAGCCCUCUCUCAAUAGCUAGCUUCGGAGCCAGGGAGAAAGGAAUCGUAGUGUGUAUGUCAGCCGGAAAUCGCGGGCCGAGUGUUAGGACGAUACGAUCAGGAAUCCCCUGGGCUGUGAUCGUCGCAGCAGGGACCGUUGAUCGCUGGUUCGCCGGGAAUCUAAGUCUUGGCAACGGGAAGACCAUCAUCGGCUGGACCACAUUUCCGGCUACAGCCAUAGUCAGAAACUUGCCGCUCGUGUAUAACCAGAGCUUAUCCGGUUGCACCGCAACCGAACUGGGGGAAGCCCCGGAAAACAGCAUCAUCGUCUGCAACACCACCAUCGGAAACACGGAUUUCGACACAGUGAUGGGAGGCCUGUCGAACUCCAACGUCAAAGCAGCAAUAGUCAUAGCUGAAGACACCUCCAUAUUCCGAUUCAACACGUUCCCUUACCCCGGUGUUGUGAUCACCGCGGCGCAAGCACAACAAGUGGCGGAUUACGCAUUGAGCAGCGCAGCCCCAACAGCGAGCAUCAAUUUCCAUGAAACGAUUCUCGGGAAGGAGCCGAGAGCUGCCCCGGCUCUCUCAGACGACUCAUCGAGAGGUCCGGGACGAAGCUACGAGGGCAUCUUGAAGCCCGACUUGAUGGCGCCGGGAGUGUUGAUCUUAGCAGCCUUCCAUCCUCAGCUCACAGCGGCGAGAAUCGGCAGAAACAUCGACCUCGCCAGCGACUACAAUCUGCUGUCAGGCACAUCAAUGGCGUGCCCUCAUAUCUCCGGAACCGCGGCGCUUCUCAAAGCCGCGCACCCUGAUUGGAGCCCCGCUGCGAUCCAGUCCGCGAUGAUGACCACUGCUGAUCCUCUUGAUAACACCAACGCACCCAUCAGGGAACAGGAUGGUUCAGUCGCCUCGCCACUUGGCAUCGGGUCAGGUCAUGUUGAUCCGAACCGGGCGCUCCACCCGGGCCUUGUCUAUGAUGCUUCCGUGCAAGACUUGGUGAACCUGGUGUGCUCCAUGAACUUCACUCGCAACCAGACUCAAACCAUCAUAAGGUCGAGCUACAAUUGCUCCAAUCCAUCCUCUGACCUCAAUUAUCCGUCGUUUGUGGCUCUGAUUCGUGCUGCGGAAAUCGGGAGGACGUUAACUCGAAGGUUCCAAAGAAUUGUGACGAAUGUAGAGGACGGCGCGGCCACGUAUAAGGUUAUGGUGGAAGCGCCGAUAAACACCACAGCCGUAGUUCGGCCUCAAACUUUGGUGUUCCGCAAGAAAUACGAGAAGCUGAGCUAUUCUCUCACACUUCGAUAUAAGGCUGAUAUAGAGAUUCAACACAAAGAAGGUGCUGUAAUUUGGAUCGACCAAACCGGUAAGUACCGAGUGAGAAGCCCGAUUAUGGUCUCUGCUGCAGCCGACAAUUUCGAGUGAUUUUCGUCAUAAUAAUUACAAGUCCGAUUAUGGUCUUUGUUGAUCAAUAAUGACGCUGCUAUAAAGUCGAGUUGCAGCUAAAAAUAUUCAAUUGCGCUUUGACUAUUAUACGAUUUCCUCAAA